GGUAACUCAGACAAGAUCUUCUCUUGGUCGAAGGAAUUUCCUUUUUGUUCAGGGACUCGAUCGGAACUUUCGAUGGACGCCAUUUUGUCAUUGGGAUUUUAAAGAUUCCGAUACUCUCAAGACAUAAUCCAGCAGUUUUGAUUCACUAAGGAGAUUGAGGAAUAACAGAGCUUGAGACUAGUAUCUAUUUUAUCGGGUGAAUGGUGCCGAUCCACUGGAUAUGGCCAAUUCGAACACCACACUUGCAAGUUUAUGGAUGGACGAUGCUCAAGGAAGUCCUGUGAAAAUCUUGCAAGGUACACCUACAAAGUCAUCAAAUGGAUCCGAAUUUAGGGAUGAUAUUGUGAAGUUUUACAAAGACUCUGGACUUGAACCUGUAGCAAAAGAGGUUGGAAUAAUUGAUGCUAAUGGCGAUUUACCAGGCCUUCGGGAACAGAGUUCAAAACCACCAUUACGGUUGGUUGCUGUGCCCAUAGCUGGUUCCCCAAAUAAGAUGUCCCCGUAUAAAAAUGCUGAUCAGGUGUCACAACUCUUACCAAAGAGAACAGCAGGAUCUCCACAGGUAAUAAUGGCUGCUACUAGUCCCAGAACACCAAUGGUCCCUGUCGACUCCCUCUGGGGGCGCAAACGUCAGGCAGCAGAUAUCACCAUAGAAACAGAAUUUGCUGAAGGUAAAAGGGGUAAGAAGGGUGAGAAAGGAGGAAAAGGUCUACGACACUUCUCCAUGAAAGUCUGUGAAAAAGUCCAAAGAAAAGGUGUUACGUCAUACAAUGAGGUGGCGGAUGAACUCGUCCAGGAAUUCAGUGACCCAAGAAAUCUCACCUCACCCUCUGAACAGGCUUAUGACCAAAAGAAUAUCCGACGGAGAGUUUAUGAUGCUCUCAAUGUACUGAUGGCCAUGAACAUCAUCUCCAAAGAGAAAAAGGAAAUCCGAUGGAUUGGCUUACCCACAAAUUCCGCCCAAGAAUGCCAAAACCUUGAGUUAGACAAACAGAAACGAAUGGAGAGAAUAAAACACAAAACACAGCAGCUACAGGAAUUGAUAUUACAACAAAUUGCCUUUAAAAAUCUGGUACACCGGAACCGAGAGAGGGAACGUAGUAAUGGUGGUCCGGCUGCCAACUCAGCAAUUCAGCUGCCCUUCAUCAUAGUCAACACAAGUAAAAAAACAGUCAUUGACUGCUCUAUAUCUAAUGACAAGUAUGAGUAUUUAUUUAACUUUGAUAACACGUUUGAGAUCCAUGAUGAUAUUGAAGUGCUGAAGAGGAUGGGAAUGGCCAUGGGUCUGGAGAAAGGCCAGAUAGCACAGGCAGACCUUUCUCGUGCUGUGAAAAUGGUACCUAAAUCCCUAGAGCCUUAUGUAUAUGAAUUGGCACAGGGCAGUAUGGCUAAUGCUGGACCAAGUGGUAUUCGCCCCAUCACCUCAGGAAUCUCUCCACACAACCAGGCCAGGUACAAGUCUGUGACUAUGUCGUCACAAACUGUAGAUGUUGAUAUGGAAGUUGCCAUGGCUACCAGUCAGGGAUUGUCACGUGACUCCAGUAUGGGGUCGUACUCGGACAUGCCCUCACGUGCUGCCACAGAAACGCCGUCGGAGGACUUCAGUGAUGAGACAGACACAGACAGAUCAAGUCCUGUGGAUAUGAGCUAGAAGAAAUAUAAAAAAGGCUUUCUGUUUUUAACCAUUGAGUCACUAAUCAGAUGGCCUGAGCUUUCAAGUAUUGUUCCGACUGACCUUUGGUUUGACUGACCACAGAGUGUGGGCCUCUGGAUGUUGAUGGACUGGUCAGUAAAGUUAUAUACAAGCUCAGCAGAACCUGUCAUAUAUAUAUGUAUAUAUACAUAUAUCAACAAUGACAAGGUCUGCCCAAGUAAACAACCAGCUGUGAUAGACAAAAGUAUUGGUGAAACAAUUCAGUUCACCACUGAGGGGUACCACAAACUUCACUGAUAGGUAGUCACAAAUCACCUUACUUCGUGGAGUUACUUUGUGGCAUCACUAGUGACAUCACAUCUAGGAAGGGUACAUUAUGAACGUCGCAGGAGAGCGAACAUUUUGUUCAGAAGAGAUGUCUGAUAUGACAGAAGAAAGAUGUGCCGUUCCUUAAUAGUCUCAGGUUUUUUCCUCGUCUGGAUUGAAAUUUCUUUUCCUUCAUACCAGAAGGUAAUCUUGUAAGGUGAUAAGUUUCCGACAAGAUUCUAGUAGUGUUAAAAUAACCAGCAGUUUGCUCCUUUUUUCAUCUGAACAUUGAAACGAUCAAUGCAAUAGACUUAGAGUGUAACAGACUCAUUGCUGGUGACCUCUCUCUGGAUCCUCUUCAGGAUAUGUAUCCCCAUUAUCUCGUCCUGGAAAUCACUAAUGGAUCGGCAGAGAGGAACAAAAUCUGUGUAGAAUGUUAUGAUUGGUUGGUAUGGUAAACAAUGGAGUGUGACUGUGUAUUUGUAGGGGAGAGCUUUGCCUUUAUGUGAAUGAUGUGUAGACCACUAAUAUUUAGCGAGAGAUUUAUUUUUACAUUAAUUACUAGUAAUUAACCACCAUUUACAAUUAUUCAAAUCUUGUUUCAAAAUAAUUCACUGUUGUUGAAGAAACAUAUAUGCU